GAGUGUGUGUGUGUGUGUGCGUGCAUGCGUGUUUGUGAGUGAGUGAGUGAGUGAGUGCGUGCGUGUGUGUGUCUGUAGGUGAGUGUGUGUUUGUGAGUGAGUGUGUGUGUGUGUGUGCGCGUGCAUGCGUGUUUGUGAGUGAGUGAGUGAGUGCGUGCGUGUGUGUGUCUGUAGGUGUGUGUUUGUGUCAGAGGGUGUUUGUCUGUCUGUCUGUUUGUGUGUGUGUGUGUGUGUGUGUGUGUGUGUGUGUGUCAGCGGGUGUAGUUUCUCAUUAGUCAUGUGACAGAUGGUUCUCUGGUCUCCUGCGGUGACUCUGGCGUGGGUGCAGCAUGAUGUCUCUGUAACGCUGCGAGCGAAUCUGUCGACACGAUUCAUGUGAGAUUCUCUGGGUUUAUAUUGUCUGACUCUGCUUGUAUUGUGAUCGUCACAGAACCAGUGACUGUAUCAGAGGAACUACAGCAGCAGCACUUCUUCAUCAAACACGUCUUCAGCAAUAUACCACGUGUGUUGUUUUCCUUUUGAAUGAAGGACACACUGAGAGAACAUGAAAAAGAUUUAUAUUGGGAAAACGGCACUAAAAGCAGCAAGAAAUGGUAGUAAACAUCAGAAGAGGAGCUGGCUGCAGGAGCAGAAGGAGGAUCUGCGCAGACGUCUCGGCUGCAGCACACACAGACUGCAGCAGCUGCAGAGCGAGUUCCAGUCGACGCGUCAGUAUCUGGAGACGGAGCUGCGACGAGCUCAAGAUAAACUGGACAAAUUCACAGAGAAACUGCGCAGGAUUCAGAGCAGCUACGCGGCUCUACAGAGAAUAAACCAGGACACGGAGGAGAAACUCCACCGAAUGACUCAACGCCACGAAGAGGAGAAGAGAUCACUGAGUCGAGAGAUCGGCACGCUGAAAAACCACCUGAUGGAGGCCAAGAUCACCAUCCAGAAGCUGCGAGAGGAUAACGAUCUGUAUAGGAAAGACAGUAAUUUGGCAGCUCAACUGCUCCAGUGUGGAAAAUCUCCUUACAGAGCACACAAACUGUCCGAGCUUCCUGCGGAUCUUCAGAAGCGAGUGACUUCCCACAUGGAGCGGCAGAGUUGCGGCCGGAGCACAGCGUUGUGUCACUCCUAUUCAGACGCCCUUCCCACCGCCGUCAUCGGCCGGGUCCUGGAGAAACCGGAGCCUGGGAGAAGCUGUCCAGUCACGCGCUCGCCAAGCCCACAAGCUCCAGAAUUCCCAGACAAAGUCCAGCGGCACACGCCGUAUAAGUCAUCUGACCUGUACUGCAGCGACACGGCGCUGUACUGUCCCACUGAUGAGCAGCGGCGUGACCGCUGGCCAGAGAGACGGCAGAGUGUGGACCAGAGCGGACAGAUCCAGGGACACACAUCCACCAACGGCAUCCUGGAUGACGAGAGCUUUUCCCUGCAUGAAGACCCUUUCCGUGGGUUCGUCCUUGGAUCUCUUCCCGCCUCCAGCUGCUAUUCCAGCUGCAGCACGGUCUCGGACGAGAAGCUUCACGGUUCGUCUUUGUGCACAGACUGGCGUGAUGGAGACUACGAGCGCAAGAACUUGUCCUCGUAUGGAAAGGAACAUCCAGGUUUUCCCAAGUCAAGCAGCUUCCAGCAUGUGGGCUCACCGAACAGCCGAUCCGGAGACAGACGCAUCCUCGUCCCUGCGGACCCGAUGGACGGCUGGCGGCAGAUGAGCAUGGAGGACAUCAGCAGAUUCUCACCCUUUGGUUUCUCAGAGCACCACUUCAAGAUCAAACCGGGUCCUCUUUACAGCAGCUUCCAGGAUGGAGACAAUGUCUUCCGCAGGCGCGUGCCGGAUCCGGGAUUCCCGGUGUCGGCGGGAUCGAGUCCUGCGCUGAACCCAAAGAGGAGUCUCAAUGAACUGAAGGCCGAGAGAGGACUGAUGCUUCGCUCCAAGGAUCCGACAAGCAGCUUUUUCAUAACUGGAAACGCCAAAGACAAGGAGAACACAACUAAAGACGCUUUACAGAGAGAUUACGCUGAUGAAAGUCCCGGCAGUUCAGUGGAGUCACUAAACCAGGGUCUGGACGUCCAGAAAUACAAAGAUCUUCAAAACCCUGGAGCUCAGAAAAUGACGGCUCGGCAUCAAAAGUUUGGAAACGCUGGACUCAGUCGCAAAGACAGUCUGACUAAAGCUCAGCUUUAUGGAACGCUGCUUAACUAGCAGUCAGUAAAAUGUACUGCAGUAAAAUAAAGAACGAUGUGUGAACAUGUUUGCAAACCAUUUGGCUGUUGUGUUGGUCAGGCGGGACUUGAUUUAGUCAUGUUGAGUUUUGUAGGAUAGUGGAACGAGUCUUUUCAUGACCAAUGGCUGAUUUUACACCUGAAGUGUGUCAUUUGUGUGUUUCCAAACAUUCGUACUAUCCUUUCAGCCCCUCAUCGUCAUUGGUCGCUCAGACAGAUUGUCCCGCCCCAAACUCACCUGAUUGGUUCAGUCAGAAGUUGACAUUUUGAGAUCUAUAUUGUUUAUACACAUACAGAGAAUGUGCACAGUGGAUUACUGUUACAAUAAUAGCAGCAUCAAAGAAAAUAAACUGAAAAUAACCAAAUAAAUUAGCCAGGGAAUAUCUUAAAAUGAAUUAACAAGAGAAAAGGUCUCAGGUCACCUUAUCAUACUUCUUGCGUCUUUUAGAGUCUUAAUAUAUUGCAUCAGUUCAGUUUUAAAUGGUAUGAUAUUGGUUUGUUUGGUGGUUUAAUUUUUGCCCAUUUUUGUUUGUGUAUAUUGCAUUUUCCAUACAUAAGUAAAAUGAAUCGCCAAACUUCCAAAUUCUUAUUCUUAUACAAAAUGUGCAUUUUUACCAAUUAACCAAGUCUUUAAUUUUGUGAUUAAGUAUUAUCCAUUCGAUGGCACAGAAAUGACACACUUUAGCUUUAUUGAAGACAGUAAUUUAUUAGGUUCACGAUUCUUCAGACUUCUCAGUUUAAUUCAUCAAGUCAAAUCUGAAUAAUUUUCUCUGUAAAAAACCCCCAGAAAUUAACAGCCAUAAAAGUCAUCAUACAGUUGGUUCUUUUACUAAAGCAGCUCCUGUGUUUAAAAUUAUUUGAUUGUAAAUGUGUGUUAAUAUUUAAUCUUUAGGACUACAGCAGAUCAUUAUUCAGGUGCUUUUACUGCAGAGUUUUUCUAGUAGACAAAGUUUGUCAGUGAUAUUGAAGCUUUUCAAACACUUAUGUUUUCAACCUAACAUUGUUUUUAUCUACAAGGUACACUAGGAAUGUACAUACAGUAUGUAAAUGAAGUUAAUUUAUAUUAAUAUAUAGACCAAAAGUGAGUGAUGAGCUGCAGUGAUUCCAGCUGAACUCAUGUAAAUUCACUGUUCAUUUUCCUGCAAUGCCUUUCAGUGCAGAUAUCAGUCAUGAUGUGCAGGAUUUUAACUGAUGUUAUUACAGUUAGUUCAAUAUAUUUGGACACAAGCACAAUUUUUAUUAUUUUAGCUGCUGAGCAAAACACAUUCAAGUUACAUAAUGUAUUAUGAGCUUAAAGUGCAGACUCUGAGCUUUAAUUUGAGGGUAUUCUCAUCACAUUCUUUAAUAUGUACCUCCCCCUUUUUCAAGGGACCAUAAAUAAUUGGACAAUUGAUUCAAAUGUUGUUUCAUGGCGUGGGCUAUUCCUUCAUUAUUUCUACAUCAAUUAAGCAGGUAAAAGGUCUGGAGUUGAUUCUAAGUGUGUCAUUUGUAUUUGGAAGCUGUUGCUGUGAAUCACAUCAUGCGGUCAAAGGAUCUCUCCAUACAAGAGAAACAGAUUAUUGUUAGGCUUCAAAAACUAAACAGAUCCAUCAGAGAGAGAGAGCAGGAACAUUAGGAGCGGCCAAUUCAACAGUUUGGUACAUUCUGAGAUAAAAAGAACACACUGGUGAGCUCAGAAACAUAAAGAGACUUGGACGUCCACGGAGGACAACAGUGCUGAUGAUCAGAGAAUCCUCUCCAUGGUGAAGAAAAACCCUUCACAACAUCCAGCCAAGAGAAGAACACUCUCCAGGAGACAGACGUGUCUAUAAUCAAGAGAAGACUUCACCAGAGCAAAUACAGAGCUUCACCACAAGCUGCAAUCAAGGCCAAAUUAGACUUUGACAAAAACAUCUAAAAAAGCCAGAGCACUUCUGGAAAAUCAUUCUUUGGACGAAAUUAAGAUCAAGCUGCACCAGAAUGAUGGGAAGAGAAAAGUGUGGAGAAGGCUUAGAGCAGCUGAUGAUCAAAGCACAGCAUCAUCUGUGAAGCACGGAGCAGUGAUCAUGAGCUGCACGGCUUCAGUGGCUCUGUGUUACUGCUGUUCAGUGAUGAAGAGACGGAAGCAGCGGAUCAGUUCUGAAGUGUGUAGAGAUAUACUCUCUGCUCAGAUUCAGUCAAAUACAGCAAAGCUGAUCAGGCGGCGCUUCAUAGUACAAAAUGACCCAAAACACACAGCAAAAGCAACCCAGGAGUUUUUGAAGAUAAAAAAGUGGAUUAUUCUGCAAUGACUGAGUCAAUCUCCUGAUCUCGACCCGAUCGAGCUGCAUUUCACUCGCUGAAGACUAAACUACAGACAGAAAGAGCCACAAACAAACAACAGCUGAACUUCACAAAGAAGAAACCCAGGCUCUGCUGAUGUCCAGGAGCUACAGACUUAAGGCAUCGCUUGCAAAGGAUUCUCAACAUAAUAUUAAAAAUGAACAUUUUAUGAUCAUAUUUAUUUGUCCAAUACAUUUGAGCCCCUAAAAAUGGGGCGACUGUGUAUAAAAAUGGUUAUAAUUCCUAAGCAUUUUGUGUUAUAUUUUUGUUCAACCCCUUGAAUUAAAGCUUAAAGUCUGCACUUCAAUUUCAUCUUGAUUGUUUCAUUUUAAUUCUGUUCUGGUGGCAUACAGAGCUGAAAUUAUGAAAAUUGUGUCAGUGUCCAAAUAUAUAUAUGGACCUAACUGUAUAAUAGCAGAUGUGAACUCACACUCGCACUCUCUCUCACACACACACACACACACACA